GUCCUUGCGCGGGCAGCGCGGCAUACGACUUGAACCUUUUUGAUUGACUAUGAGCCACUUGUUUCGACUGCUCGAGGUGUUGGAGCUGUUGGACAAGAAAUUUCUUCCCUUUACUCGAUCAUGACUUCCAAUCGAUUGCCGCAACUGGCACGGGAGACUCAGUUUGAGAUACUGGAGUACUUUGCUGAGGAUGCCCGUCAUGAAGUCGCAGAGCUCAUCUACGACGAUGCAUGGCGCUGUUAUGCUCGACUGCUUCUGCCAGCCAUACUGGUCAACCGAAACUGGUACGCUCGAGGUACCGACUUGCUUUGGCGCGAGCCAUUCACGCCUGUAUUGGCCAGGAUACAUCCACAGCGUCGACAGCUAUAUGCCAAUAAGAUCCAAAGCAUCGGGCUUUAUCUGUACCGAGCCGACCACACCAAUUGCCCUGCAUCUUUUGCAACCUUAAGCUUCCCCAGGCUGAAGAGACUAGAAAUCAGCUCUUGCCCUUCAGGGAUGAAGCUCGACUUGGAACCCUACCUGAGUCGCAGCGUAACAUCAUUCACAAUGCUCGAAUGUCGCCAUCUCCCAAAAUCGGUGCUCGACUUGAUUGCUUAUAGCUGUUCAAAUCUUCGCGACGUGCACCUUGAUUAUCUUCCAGAAGAUCAACACAAUGAACACUUCAUCAAGUUUCUGAAGAGUUGCAAGCAUCUACGGGAUCUUACACUGACUACGAAUGCCGGGUUCGGUCUUCCCGUCAAUGUGUUGGAGAACAUAGCGAGUCGGAAGAAGCUUGAGCAUUUCGACGCUUCGCGCAACCUCAUCUCGUACAACUCGAUAGCAACAGUACUACAGGCCAGCCCACGUCUACGCUUGUUCCGUAACAUACGCAGUCUAUGGCUUGACAUAGAAUCAAGAGCCGUGGCAUACGUACUCUCGGCGACUGAGUUGUUGGUCGAACUCCGGCUUACUGUGACGGACUCACUGGAUGACGUCUUUAUACCUAUCGGGUCUCUGUCUUGCCUACAAACAGUGGAUCUGUGUUUCUCUAUGCCCAAACGACUCUCAAUGCAAGAACUAUAUUCAAUCUCAGGCUUGACCCGUCUCAAAGACCUUAGCAUGUACAGUCCGAACUCUACAUCUGUCAAUGAAGACGCGAUUUCACUCAUUGCCGAAGCCUGGACUGAAGAGCUUUUCCAGUCGUGGGUUUCCAGUUAUCCUGAUCUAGAGAAGCUGCAUCUCGGUGUUCGACCUAUCGGCAGUCACUGGAUCUCGGAGACAAGAAUUAUUGCCAAGAGCUGUCCGAAGCUGAUUGAGCUGUUGAUGGGCGGUAUACACGACAUAGGCGCAUGGGGAGUCUCUCCUGAGCCGUUGUUCCCCAUUCUUCAGCAACUCGACCUGGGACAAUUGAAGCCGUGGCCAUUCUCCAUGAGGAGACCAAGGAGUUUGCUACACGAAUCGCCCGUAUGAUUGAUCAACAUACGCCUGUGUCGGACGACCUCAGCGUUGGUUAUGACGAUCUCGGGAGUGCGGUUGGCGCAGCCUAUGAGCAACUGAAAGCAGAGAAACGUCGUCUUUCUGCAAACACAGAUGCUGUGAUGUCAGAUGGCUGAAGGCAUGCAUUGAGGCCAUUGCAAGCCGACUGCACACUAAAUUAUCAUGAUGCCGAUACGUCGAUAUCAAGAUUCGGCGCAUACAUUAGGCACAAUCAUAUACCCACGUCCAUCAUAGCAAUGUGUUGU